AUGGGGAAUGCAUCAAUGAAACCCAAACAUCUGAGGCAGCCAGACAGACACAUAGCAAAUCUAGCUCUUGUUGAUGUGCUUUGCAGCAGAGUGCUUGAACUGGAAAAGGAGCUCAGAAGAAAAGAUGAAGAGUUGCAAGAGGGUCAAAGUCUUGUUGCUGAGCUUCAGGAGCAGCUGUCCGUGCAGACAAAAGUCAUAGCAGAACUCACCAAGGAACUUCAGAACAAGUGCAUACAGCUGAACAAGCUGCAGGAUGUUAUUAACACUCAAGGAGAACACUCUCUUCAGCCUUCUCCAUUUAGAGUGACUCCAAAGAAUCAAGUCUCUGCUGACAGGAGGAAAGGAGCUAAGGAGGGUGUAUCUGCAGAGCCAACAACACAGCUCUAUGAUUCUGGCAAACAAGCUAGAUUUUCCUUUGAAAAAUCAAGAGUCAGAAAGGAUUCCAGUGAGAAGAAACUCAUCACAGACGCCCUGAAUAAAAAUCAGUUCUUGAAGAGACUGGAGCCUCAGCAGAUCCGAGAGAUGGUGGAAUGUAUGUAUGAGAGGACUUUCCAGCAGGGGAGCUAUGUCAUCAGACAAGGAGAGCCAGGAAAUCACAUUUUUGUCCUCAAAGAGGGCAGACUGGAAGUCUUCCAGCAGAAUAAACUGCUCUCCUCCAUACCUGUGUGGACAGCAUUUGGUGAACUGGCCAUUUUAUACAACUGCACACGGACGGCUUCCGUGAAAGCAAUCACCAAUGUUAAAACAUGGGCACUGGACAGAGAAGUGUUUCAAAACAUCAUGAGAGUGACAGCACAGACAAGGCAAGAACAGUACAGAAACUUUCUUAGAAGUGUGUCCCUCUUAAAAAACUUACCAGAAGACAAAUUGACCAAAAUCAUGGACUGCCUGGAGGUGGAGUACUAUGACAAAGGAGAUUAUGUUAUUCGGGAAGGAGAAGAAGGAAAUACCUUCUUUAUAAUAGCAAAAGGAAAGGUAAAGGUUACCCAGAGUACUGCAGAUCACUCACAGCCUCAGCUGAUUAAAAAUCUGCAUAAAGGAGAUUACUUUGGAGAAAAGGCCCUCAUUAGUGAUGAUGUCAGAUCAGCAAAUGUUAUUGCGGAUGAAUAUGACGUGGAGUGCCUCGUAAUAGAUAGAGAGACAUUUAAUCAAACUGUUGGAACUUAUGAGGAGUUACAAACCUACCUUGAAGGUUAUGUGGCUAAUCUGGCCAGGGCUGAUGAGAAGCGACAUGCGAAAAGAAGAUCCUUCUGUGGACAGUCAACCAAAGAGGUGUCUUUGGAGAUGAUACAACUGAAGGAGAAAGUAGCCCAGUUCCCUUCUUCCCCAUUCCAGAAUUUAGAAGUUGUCACAACUCUCGGUGUUGGUGGGUUCGGAAGGGUUGAGCUUGUUAAGGUAAAAAAUGAGAACGUGGCAUUUGCUAUGAAGUGUAUAAAGAAGAAACAUGUAGUGGACACCAAACAACAAGAGCAUAUAUAUUCUGAAAAGAAAAUCCUGGAGCAGAUAUGUUCUCCUUUCAUUGUGAAACUGUAUCGCACAUUUAAGGAUAAUAAGUACGUGUACAUGCUGCUGGAGGCUUGCCUUGGUGGGGAGCUGUGGAGCUUGCUGAGAGACAGAGGCAGCUUUGAUGAACCCACUACAAAGUUCUGUGUUGGAUGUGUGACAGAGGCUUUGGACUAUCUACAUCACAUAGAAAUUGUCUACCGAGACUUGAAGCCAGAAAACUUAAUUUUGGAUGCUGAAGGAUAUAUAAAAUUGGUUGAUUUUGGAUUUGCAAAAAAGAUCGGAUCAGGGCAGAAAACCUGGACGUUCUGUGGAACCCCUGAGUAUGUUGCUCCAGAAGUCAUCCUGAGUAAGGGCCAUGACUUCAGUGUGGAUUUUUGGUCCCUUGGGAUUCUUGUGUAUGAACUCCUUACUGGCAGCCCACCAUUCUCUGGGGCUGAUCAGAUGACAACAUAUAAUUUGAUUCUAAAAGGCAUUGAAAAACUGGAUUUUCCUAGAACAAUAACAAGGCGGCCUGAGGAUUUGAUCCGCAGACUCUGCAGGCAGAACCCGACAGAAAGAUUAGGCAAUCUGAGGAAUGGGAUUAAUGACAUUAAGAAGCACAGGUGGUUGAAUGGUUUUAACUGGGAUGGUCUGAAAUUGAGGAAAUUAGCAUCACCUUUAAAAAGAGAGUUAUCUGGACCAACCGACUACAGCUACUUUGACAGCUAUCCACCUGAAGAGGGAAUGCCUCCAGACGAACUUUCUGGUUGGGACAAGGAUUUCUGACACUUUUUUCUUCCAGGACAUCUAUAGAGACUCAUGGGCAUCAGUUAUAAAGCCGUUCUUGUGUUUCUUGCUUAAAACCAAAGUACAUGAUGUUAUUGAAAAAUGUUAUGCUCUUUGGAGAAUAGAAGACAGUACAGCAACCAGAACUUGUUUGGAUAUUGCACCAAAUUCUGUGUGUAUCUCCUUAUAACAAAAGCAUG